GCGCUCUGACGAGUCCGGGAGCCGCUGCUCCGGCCGCUGUCGUUCGGGCUGCGCCUGUGGCUGCCGCGGCUGCUGAGCGGCGCGGGGCGGGCGCGGACCCGGGGCGCCGGCCGCGAUGGAACCACUUGCCUUGUUUGCCCGCCGCCGAUGGAAGGAGUUCUAAAAGAGAAGUGACACUUAACCCCUCCACCAUUGUCUCCUGACCAAGGGACAAAGUAGGGAUGACGAGGAGGGCACCUGAGAGGGCUGGCGCCCAUGCGGCUGUACACGCUCUCCAAGCGCCACUUCGUGCUCGUGUUUGUCGUCUUCUUCGUCUGUUUUGGCCUGACUGUCUUCAUCGGGAUCAGCGGACCCAAAGUGAUCCAGACUUCUGAAGCUCAUUUUUCACUAAAUAAUAGCAAAAAGUUGAAGCCAAUUCACAUACGUUCAAAUCCACUGUCUACGUACAAUCAGCAACUGUGGCUGACAUGUGUUGUUGAGUUGAAUCAAUCAAAAGAAAUGUCUACUCAGAAAAGCUUUCUCAUGACCGUUAAAGUGGAUGGCGUAGCUCGAGAUGGAACCACCAUGUUCAUUCAUAACAAAGUUCACAAUCGGACAAGGACCCUCUCAUGUAGAGAGACGUGUGCAGAAAUCAUCGUGGCGCACCUGGGCUACCUGAACUACACGCAGUACACCGUGACCGUGGGCUUUGAGGACCUCGAUCUGCCCGUCAAGGAAGUGAACUUCACAUGGAAGACUUAUGACCCCGCAUUUUCCCAGAUGGAAAUUUGGCUCCGGUUCGCCUUUGUGGUGCUCACCUUCAUUGUCACUUGCCUGUUCGCACAUUCCCUCCGCAAGUUCUCCAUGAGGGACUGGGGCAUGGAGCACAAGUGGAUGUCCAUUCUCCUGCCUCUGCUGCUACUUUACAACGACCCGUUCUUCCCCCUCUCCUUCCUGGUGAACAGCUGGGCGCUGGGGACGCUGGAUGACCUCUUCCAGUCCCUGUUCCUGUGUGCCUUGCUGCUCUUCUGGCUGUGUGUGUACCACGGGAUCCGGGUGCAGGGAGAAAGGAAGUGUUUGACCUUCUAUUUGCCUAAAUUCUGCAUUGUCGGACUCCUGUGGUUGGCUUCGGUCACACUAGGAAUAUGGCAGACAGUUAAUGAAUUGCAUGAUCCAAUGUACCAGUAUCGCGUUGACACAGGAAAUUUUCAGGGAAUGAAGGUUUUCUUCAUGGUGGUGGCUGCUGUCUAUGUCCUAUACCUUUUGUUCCUGGUCGUGCGGGCCUGCUCGGAGCUGCGACACAUGCCUUACGUAGAUCUCAGGUUAAAAUUUUUGACUGCGUUGACUUUUGUAGUGCUUGUCAUUAGCAUCAUCAUCCUUUACUUAAGGUUCGGAGCACAAGUAUUACAAGACAAUUUUGUAGCUGAGCUGUCAACUCACUACCAGAAUUCAGCUGAGUUCUUAUCUUUCUAUGGCUUGUUGAACUUUUACCUCUACACGCUCGCCUUCGUGUACUCUCCAUCGAAGACCGCCCUGUACGAGUCGCAGCUGAAAGACAACCCUGCCUUCUCCAUGCUCAACGACUCGGACGACGAUGUCAUCUACGGGAGUGACUAUGAAGAGAUGCCCCUGCAGAACGGCCAGGCCAUUCGGGCCCAGUACAAGGAGGAGUCUGAGAGCGACUGAGCCCCUGGGAGGGCAGACGUGGGGGCCUGUCCUGCAGUGGCCUCCUGCCCUCCACACUUGCCCUCCCUCACCUGCCUGUGUGCGACUUGUCUUCUAGCAGAGAUUUCCGGGUCCUUAUUUGUUUACAUAUUUUUUAGAGGAAAACCAAAACUGAGGACCAAGUUCAAUGUUGGGCCAAAUUUAUUGUUAGGGUGGCUGCAUUUAUUUGGGAAGAGAGGCGCUGACCCAGCCAAAUUCUUUUUCAGAGAUUUCAGAUGAGCGAGAGCUUGUCCUCAGUGGUAGGAAGGGAGUGACUCCUGCUCUUAGUAGAGAGAAUUAUGUACUUACUUUAAGAUGAUUUACUAAUCCCACGUUGGUGGGGAGCUCUUCUGAAGGCCCACCGCAUGGCAGCGUUCCCUCCCCCCGCCCGUGGUGCGAUUUCUGACUGAACUCCAGGGAAGCCUGUGUGCACACUGCCUCUCGGGGGCAGUCCCUCCCCAGUGAGUGGCUGGCGCUCUCCCAGGACGGCAGCUCCUGUUAAUGUGAAAUGGGAAGUAAUGGCUCAGGAGGGGAAGGUGGGUGGCAGGUCCCGCCCUUCACCCACCAGGGCAGAACGGUGUUGGGGCAUUUGAGGAGGGUUUGAUAGGGUUUCCAAGGGAAGAGCAGGUAACUGACAAGUUGCAGCUCUAGUGGGAAAGGUCUGGCUGCCAUAGGUCUCCCAGGGGUUGUGUACAUAUGUGUGCAUUUGUAUGUAUGAUGCUCACAUCCAUGGAUCUGGAAGGAUGGCCCUGUGGUUGGAGCAGGAAGAGGUGUCCAUUCAAGUCCAAGGAACAGCACUUUCUGCAGCUCUGCUAUGAGGACACCCAGUAGAGCUUUAUUUUUUUAAUAAAAGCUAAACAAUUGAUUGACAUGUGA